AUGCCGCUCUCAAGGAAAAAGUCCUGUAUGCGAUGCAGGCAAUCCAAGCUACGAUGCAAUCAAGCGACGCCAACCUGCUCUCGCUGCUCGGAGCGAGGUGUGAGCUGCAUUUAUGAUUGGAAGGUUGGCUAUGGGUCAUCAUCUUCAGUGUCUAGAGCAUCUCGAACCUCUACGACAUCGCCAAGAAUUUUCGAGGAGCUAUCAGACAACGCACUGCAGUCGCAAGAUUCCAGUGACAUUCCCGAUCUACCGGCGUCCGUGUUCAUGAACCCCCCACAUCAGGUUGCGGGACUUGAGCCGGGUGAUAUUGAAGUAGAUUGGAAUGCUAUCAAUACUGCUGACGACCAAUCCUUCGAUGUAUUAAAAUUAAGCCCAUCAUUGGGCUUACCUACUAUGCCCGCUCCAUAUCCGAUCUGGGCCGGAACUCAAGGAUUAGCAGAUAUCGGCGUAGAAACACCAGGCAUCGAUACCAUGAACAGUAUGGGAGCACCUCAAAAUAACGUCAGUGCUUGGUUCAUGGGGAGAAUUGGAGUGUCAUCAAGGCCAGACAAUUCAUCCUGUACCAUUUCACCUGAAUCAGUUCUGUUACGCCCGCCUCUCCGGACCUUUCAGCUGCGACAUGUACUCAAAAGUUGCGCUCUUACGAGAGUGGUUAUUGGACAACUGACUAGUUUUCCGAAAAUGAUGACCCAUGGCGACCGUCUACCGCCAUUCAUUUCCCCACCUUGUUACCUUCAUGAAGAAUUAGCUUUUGACUGUGCGAAGAACAGGAGACAUAAAUGUCUCCCCAAGGAACUAGCCAUAUGUGCUGGUUUAGUAGAUAUGUUCUACUCCCGGACCCCACAGAACGCAGAUUUCGUGUGGAAAACAAUAUAUGCUGAGAAAGACAGGCUACACAGAGAGAUUGAGGAUUUGGAUCCACAUCAUCAGCUAGCCGCUCUGCAGGCGACAAUUAUUUAUGCAUUGCUCCAAGCUCACGAUGUAGAAUCUAGUGAUGCCAAUGGAGGCUACUCGCUCAUGCGUAGCGUGCUGGAAAUCGCCAUGGCGCUCUCAAAAACUAGCAGACUAGAAACGAAUAUCUUAGACGGCGUACCAGACCGGCAGCAGUGGAUUCACGAAGAGAGUAUCCGGAGGACAAUAGUAUUAAUCAUAGUCAUAGAUCUUAUGCUCGACGGUCUCAGGGAGCCUCUACGAAGCGUAGCCAUUUCUCUAUGCGCAUUUCAUUUACAUUUAAUCCCCCUUCCAGCAACACGGGAUCUAUGGGAGGCACAUUCAAACUUCAUCUGGCGGACUGAGUUUGAGCGGUACCUAUCGAAGCGGAAAACGAAAAAGGCUUUAACGAUAGGGGACUUGCUGGCACUGGAUGACUCCGGGACGCUCAGACAGCUACAGCCGGAUGAUCCGAGAAGUGAUAUUCUUCCGGAUAUUCUCAGUUGGUGUGAAGGAGUGGACUCGUUUGGCUCGUUGCUCUGGAUGGUUGUGCCAUUUCAUCAGUGGAGGGCGCAGGCGGGUAUGGAUGAGGUGUGGUAG